UUGACUCCUCCCCAUCAGCGCUGUUGUUGACGUCCGCCAUGACCAGCACACUAACAUCGGUUUUGACGUUGAUGUGCUUCAGAGCUUGCUUGUUUCAGAGGACCCACUUGCCUUCGCUUUCGUGUACGAACGACAGCAGACGUCACGUCAUUUUCAACCAUACGGGAAAACCUGAUGGUGAUAUCAACGUCUUGUGACGUAUGCUUCUGGUUUGGGGGUGAAGUAUGCGAAGUAGCAUCGUCGCACUUCACCUGGAGUCCGUUGUUUUCCAUAAGUGUUCUUGCAAGAGAUAUAUUUAACGUCCCACAAUGAACAUCCAACUCCACAACCUUUCAGCAGCUGCCGGAAUUAACUCUUUCACUUCAGUACCAGGUCUUAUUAGAGCUGCGAGUGAGAGACACGCAGUCCUCUCGUUUCGCCGUUCGGAAUUCACUUCUGCCGCGUCCCGCGUUCGCCUCGCGACUGUCGCUCAACCUUUUCACUUUGGUUCCACCCGCGGCCUUCUCUGCCGUAGCAGGAUGAAGCUGAUGAAGGGCAAGCAUGUGGUCAUCACUGGCGGCUCGACUGGCAUUGGCUUCGCCUGUGCCAAACGGUUUCUGAGAGAGGGAGCCUCGGUUACCCUGAUGGCUCGCAAUGCAGCCAAGCUGGAAGAUGCAGCGCGAGAGCUUCAACAAUAUACAAGGGAGUCUGCUCAUAACGGCACUAACGGCUUCUUUCCUGCUCCUAGAAUUUUCACUCAGGCAGUGGAUGUUUCUGACGCCAAGGCGAUGCAGGCCGCCAUAGAAGCAGCAGCAUCUGCGUGCCCCAUAGAUGUGCUGCUGUGCAACGCUGGAGUGGUGCGCACAGGCCAUGUGGAGGACAUCUCCCCCCAGCAGGCUCAGGAGCAGGUCAACACAAACCUGCUGGGAAGCAUCUACCCUGUGCAGGCUGCGGUGCCUCUUUUGAAGGAAAGGAUUGCACAAGGAGCAGAGCCAGGUGCCAUCGUCUUCAUGUGCUCCCUCUCAGCUUUGAGCUUCUGGUAUGGUGCGGCAGUUUACACUGCCACCAAGUACGGAGUUCGUGGCUUUGCAGAGGGUCUUCGUCUUGAGCUGCUCCCGUACAACAUAUCAGUCUCCAUUGUCUGUCCAGGGUUCACUGACACUCAUCUGCUUAAUGAUGCUGAAGCAUCUGGUCAGUACCUCACUAAGUUGAUGGAGGUGGCAUCGAUGUAUGACCGCAACAAGAUUGAGAACCCAGACACUGUGGCAGAGCACACACUGGCAGCUGUACGAUCGGGAGAAUUCCUGGUCACGACAUCAUCUGGCUUUCUUCCUUUCUCUCUUGCUUUGCUCUCCCGAGGGGUCUUCCCGUCCAAGUCAGUUCUGACUUGGCUUGCAGAGAGUCUUGCAAGCCCCUUCGUCAGGCUUUCGUCACUUCCGGUGGGAGCUGGGAUUGCGCAUGGGCUAAGGUCAAUUCAUAAGCAUCAGCGUACCAAAUUAGAGUAGUUAUAGGGUUGUGAUAUUGAAAGUAAAUGGUAAAAAAGUCGUCUACAUUAUUCGGACUUUCAUUCCUUACAGUUGCGGUAUCUGCCUCGAGUGUAGCCUCUGAUAUUUGUAUCGCGGUUGGCAGCAACAGCCUGGACGAAACUCUGGCGACGUCGCAAGGUCGUCCUGCCGGAGAUUUGACCAAUCAGAACCGCUGAAACGGACACCCUCGAAGUAUCAAGACCUACACGCUACCGCUCCCCAUUCCAGCGGCUACUGCUGUGUUCCAGGAGAUUCUUACCGAGAUAUGCCCCUGAUGAUGAGGCAGACUAGAAAUUAGUGUUGUGCGGACUCAUUCGUAUUAGCCUUCAGGAACACCCUGCACUUUGCCUGAAGGCGAAAACGACCAUCAGGCUCGACCUGCUUCUCGCCUAGCUUUGGAAUCUUUAGUGGCCGUCGGAGUCCAGCGGUAGAGCAUUUGUCGGCAUAGGAGAUUCUCGCCUGCCUUGACGUGGAAAGAUGAAGGUCAAGAAGAAAAAGGGAUCGGAUCCUCCUUUGAGGGUGAAGGAAGUCAUCGAUUCCAUUCUCUCCGUUCCGUUGCAAGACAUAACGAAGCCACUGUCGGAGUUCAAGUGGAGUUAUGACAAGGGCGACGUGCUGCACUGGGUAGACCUCCUGAACCACCUCGACGCCUUCCUCGAGACUGCCGUCAAGCCCCGCAAGGAUCUGCAGUUGGAGGGUCGGUUCGCGGGGGUGGACCCGGCGUUCCCCAGGGAUGCGGUGCUGCAGGUGCUGCGGGUGUCGCGCGUCAUCCUCGAGAACAGCGUCAACAAGCACCUCUACGCCUCCGUCGAGCAUGUGUGCACGCUUCUGGCCUCCACGGACCUGGACGUGCUUUCAGCCAGCCUGGAGCUGCUUUCAGUGUAUGGCAAGAAGCCCUUCCAGCCGGGCCGCAGCACACGCUGGCACGCGGACCCGGCCAUCACGGCGCGCCUCUUCGCGCUCGCACAGGCGUGGGGCGGCAAGGAGGAGGGGCUGGGCAUGCUGCCCUGCGCGCUGCAGGGGGGACUGGACGAGUCUGCGCUGGCACUCGGAGGCACGCUGCACUUUGAGUUUUACUCCGAGGGGGGGGGUGGUGUGGGGGGGUUGGGGGAAGAAGGGCAGGGACUGGGUGGGAGUGGCGGGGAGGAGGGGGUAGUGGGUGACGAGGGCAAGGCUGGUGGUGCAGCAGUAGCUGCUGGUGCGUCCGUUGGGGCGUCUGCUGCUGUGUCUGCUGCUCCGUCUGCUGCUGCGUCCACUGGCUUGUCCCCUGGGCUGAGAGUAAUCCACAUCCCAGGGGUGCGAGAACACGGCCAGCAGCAGGGAAUAUCAGAGCUCGACUUCCUCCAGGACCUAGUAGACCACUACUCCGUGCCCUCCGCCCUCCGCUUCUCCCUCCUCACCCGCCUCCGCUGCGCCUACUCCUUCCCCAUCCUCGCCUCGCGCCGCCGCUUCCUCUGCGUGCGCCUGCUGGCGUUCCGAGUCCUCCUCCUCGCCACGCCGGACCCCGACGAGCUCACCUCUCUCUUUGCGAACGAGCCCGAGUUCGUCCCUGAGCUUAUCUCCCUGCUUAAUGCAGAGACCCUGGUGCCGGAGGAUGUGAGGAUGUAUGCCUUGCUCGCCCUGGCUGCCAUGGCGCAGGAUCGGCCGCGCCAGUCCACGGUCCUCAGUGCCAUCAGCACCGGUGGCCACCGAGCCACCCUGCCGAGCCUGAUGCAGAGGACCGUGGCUCAGCUCGGGAAGCCUGGAGGCUGCUCGCCGAAAUUUGUUGACGCCCUAUUGGUCCUCAUUGCUGCUCUUGUAUCCUCUUCUUCUGGAUGUACUGCGCUUCGGGAGGCAGGCUUGGUGCCGACCCUGCUGCCUCUGGUUCGGGAUACCAGGCCUGAGCACAUGAGUCUGGUGACCUGGUCAGUGCAGAUCCUAGAGGCCUUCAUGGACUUCUCCAACCCUGCAGCGGCGCUUUUCAGGGAUCUGGAUGGGCUUGACAUGUGCGUGGAUAGACUCAGGCUCGAGGUGGCUCGAGUGGAGCCCACUCUCAUGCCGGCCCAGGGUUCAGGGUCUAGCAAAACCCCUGCUGGUCGGGUUGAGGGGGGUGGUGCGGGGACUGUUUUUGGGGCUGGGGAGGGUAGCAGUGGGUCGGCUGCUGCAGGAGCCACUCGCAUGGAGGAGGAUCGCAAGGGCAAGGCUCCUAUGGUGGAAGAUGAGGGCAGGGGAGGGGGAGCAGGCACAGGGGCUAGUGGUAGUGGUGCUGCAGCGGGGGCAUCUCCUGGUGAUGCUGCUGCUACUGGCAGUGGUGCUGCUGUGGCGCCGGCAGUGCUGACAUACAAGCAGCGCAGUCUAAUUAAAGCCCUCCUCCGCGUCAUCUCCCUAGUCAGUUUCGCCCCAGGCAGCACAGUCAGGCUGGCGUCGUCUUCUCCCGAGGAGGGGGGCGUGGGGCGGCUACCUGACUGCCUGGCGGCCAUAUUCAGGCACGCGAGGGAGUUUGGCGGAGGCGUGUUUGCGCUGGCGGCGUCGGUGAUGAGUGAGCAGGUGCACCACGAGCCAACGAGCUUUGCCGUGCUGGACGCUGCUGGCUUGCCCAAGACCUUCGUCGAUGCUGUGAAAGCUGGCGUGCUGCCCUCCUCCGAAGCCAUCUGCGCCAUCCCCAACGCGCUGCUCGCCUUCUGCCUCAGCUCGCGCGGCCUCCAGCUGGUCACCGACUCCCACGUGCUCGCCUGCCUGCCCGCGCUCUUCACCUCGCGCCAGUACUCCCGCGCCCUCGCGGGGGACACUGCCUCUGUGCUCGGCUCGGGGCUGGACGAGCUCAUGCGACACCAGGUCAGUCUACGGCAGCCGCUCAUGGCGGCGAUAGUUGGGGCGCUGAGGGAGGUUGGUAGGAUGGGGGGGUUGGAGGAGAGGAAGGGGAGGAGAGGUGGGGGAGGGGGAGGGGAGGGAGGGGACUCGUGGGAAGGGGAGAUGCAGGGUGGGGGGGUGUGUGGAGGGGAGGAGGGGGUGAGGGCGAAGGAGGAUGAUGCGGAUAGCGGGAGGGCGGUGGGGAGUGGAGGGGGAGGGGAGGAGGGGGCGGCAGGCGCAGGUCAAGGGACAGGGAUAGGUGUAUCAGGGGAAGGUGGGAGAGAAGGCGGGGAUGGUGAUGCGCCUGUGCCUAUGGAGACGGAUGGGGGGAACCAGGGGGCAGAAGCAGCAACAGCAGUAGCAGGAAGGCAGACUGUAGGGCAGAUAGAUGGGCAGGGAGAGGGGCAGGGAGAUGGUCUGCAGAAUACCGUUUCAGGUCAAGCGGGGGAGGCAGGAACCAGUUCUGGAGCAGCAGGAGUGGCUGCUGAGGGGACGGAAUCGGUGACACCUGGAGCAGAAGCAGUCAUGGCUGAGGCUGAACCGCCAGGGGCAGCAGCAGCAGAGGCAGGAGCAGCGGGGACAGAAGCAGCAGGAGCCGAAGCAGCAGGAGCGGGGGCAGCAGGUACUGGUACUGAUGCUGCUGCUGCCACUGCCACUGCCACUGCCACUGCCACUGCCACUGCCACUGGCACACCCACCACGCACAGCAGCAAGGAGAGCCUGACGCCAGCGGAGUUGGAGUUGUUCCUCCCGGACUGCAUCAGCAGCAUGGCUCGCCUGCUGGAGGCCGUGCUCUCCAACGAGACCAGCAGCCGCACCUUCCUCGACCUGCGUGGCCUCGACGCCCUCCUCGCCCUCUACACGCUGCCGCGCCUGCCACUGCUCUUCGGCACCUCCCCUGCCGCCCAGGGCAUUUCCAUGGCCAUGCGUGCCUUUGGGCCGAACCACGCAUCGGCUGUAUCUCGUGGGGUGGCGUCGGCGCUCAGGAAGCACGUCAAGUGUGCAGUUGCGUUUGUCACUACCUCUCUCUCCUCCUUCUCCUCCUCCACUGCACCUGCUGCGACAGAUGAUGUUGCAGGCGCUGCUGCUGCCGCCCCUGCUUCUGCCCCUGCAGCUGCAGCAGCAGCAGGGCCCUCAGGUGCAGGUUCGUCCGCAGUAACCGUCGGGCGGCGGCAGCUGUCCGAUCUGGACGUGGAGUCACGCGAGUCGCUCCUCCGCGCACUGGGAGUAGCGGAGAGUCUGCUCUCCCUCUCUGCAGUCUUAGUGCGCGCCACUGCGCUGUCUGUCCCUGACCUGGCAUCGUCCAGUGGAGAGGUGUUCCGAGACGUGGCUGUGCUCCAUAGGGAAGCCCUCUGGCAGCUCGCGGUUCUAGAGCACAAGGGACUGCCGCCCCCUGCUGCUGCUGGUGGUGAUGCGGCUGCUGCUGGUGGUGGUGAUGCUGCUGCAACUGCGGCUGCGGCUGGUGCUGCUGCAGAGGUUGUAGGGGGAGGAGCGGGAGGAGGAGCAGGGGGAGCAGGUGAGGGUGGGACGGCUGUGGGGGGAUCAGGGGAAAGGGGAGGUGCAGGACAAGACGCAGCUCCCACAGGAGCAGCUGCACCAGCAGCGACAGCCUCACCUGCAGCAGGUGCAGGUGCAGCAGGCGCAGAAGGGGCAAGCAUAGCACCAUCGGCAGGACCUUCAGGGGCAAGCGAAACUGGCACAGGAGCAGCAGCAGCAGGAGGAUCUGCAGCACAGGAGCUGUCAAGUGAGGCAGCGGACGAUCUCGAUCUGCUGAUGAUGGAGGGCGGCGCCAGGCCCAUGCGCAACGGCCCCAGCGCCAUCUGGCGCCCCGGCCCCGGAGAAAUAGGGUUUCUGCACCGCAACAGCACCAGGCAACUCUCCCGUGCUCCCCGCGUUGUGUCUGACGGCAUAGGCCCGGAUAACGGCCCAGAGGCAGGGGGCAGCAGUGCCGCUGAUGCUGCUGCUGGCGCCCCUGCUGGUGCUUCAGCUGCUGGGGUUGCUGCAGAUCCUGCAGUGAGGAAGAAGCCGGAUGUUGCGGUGCAAAAGGAGGUGCUGGGUCGGCUGGUGGUGGCCGUGCGGCUGUUUGAGGUCUCAGUAGGGAAGGCUAUAGUUCCGUCAAGAAGGAGAGAUGACGCAGUGGUGCUCACAGGCCACGCCAAGGUGGCGUCUGCUGCCCUCGCACAGACCUUCCAGGAGAAUCUAGGGUUAGGGUUUACCGGGUGUGACCCGGGGCGGAGCAGCAGUUUAGACGCGUGCUCAGCAGAGGAGGUGCUGGAUUGUCCCGCGGUGCGGUGCGUGUAUCUGGGGAAGGUGGUGGAUGACAUGUUCGCCCUGCUGGUGGAUCCCAGGAGGCACACGUGCAACAGCAUGCUGGUGAGGUUCUUCCACGCUCACGGGGCUGUGCGGCAGCUGUUUGAGUCUGUGCGGUGGGUGGUAAGGGCCAUGUGGGCUGAGCAGGAGAGGCAGGUGAAGCAGCGGGAGGAGGAGGGGGAGAAGGGGGAGAGGGAGGUGGUUCAGAUGGAAACUGAUGGGGGGAAGGAUGCAGCGACUGCAGCUGGAGGGGCGGCAGCAGGGACAGCAGGUGGGGAGAGCAAGAGCGCAGGUGACAGCUCCAAGGACGGGGGCGACAAGGGCAUGGGCGCACAGGAACCGGUUUCCCUCUCACUCCCUUCCUGGCUGCAUUCUCCCCUCCAGAGCUAUUUCCGUCUGCUGGACUGUCUCACCAACCCGCACCUCCUCCUCGCCCCCUCCUCCACCAGCGUCUUCCUCACCCACCAGCUCUCCCGAUCAGUAGAACCCGCCCCAGCUAAGCCUGAGGACUUUCUCAGAGCCAUGCAGGAGCAGGUGCUAUCUGUCAUGCUGGACGUGUGGUCGCACCCCCUGUUCUCCCAGUCCGGUCUGUCGCUGAUCUCCCCGGUGGUUACCAUGCUCACCCGCGUCCUUCAGGGGUUGAGUGAGACGGCACCACCAGGAGCAAGUUCUGCUGCUGCUGCUGGUGCAGGAGCCGGGGGUGCGGCGGGUGCAGGGGCAGGGGCAGGCGGAGCAGCAGCAGCAGGGGCAGGUGCAGGGGCGGGUGUGGAUGGGGCGACCGGCACAGGGAGGCAGGGGGGAGCAGCGGCAUCCGCAGCUGCUCUGGCUGCUGCAGUACUGGGAGGCCGCAUGCCCCCUAGAGCUGUACCGACCCCUAUAGAUGAGACUCUGGUGGAAAUGAUAGUGGAAAUGGGAUUCCCUAGGGAGAGGGCAGAGGAGGCGUUAAGGCAGGUGGGCAACAAUGUGGAGCUGGCUAUGGAGUGGCUCAUCAGCCACGUCCCAGAAGAGCCUCCCUCGGAAGAAGACGAACUCGCCCGCGCGCUCGCCUUAUCUCUUUCUGGUGCGGAUGGCGAUGCUGGCGGUGGUCCUAGCACUCCUGGUGCUCCUAGCGCUGCUGGUGAGCAGGCUGGAAAGGAGGGGGAGGAGAAGGGGAAGGGGAAAGUGAAGGAAGAGGAGGAGGAGAAGGAGAAGGAAGCGGAGGGGCGGAAGGAGGUGCGUGUGGAGGAGAUGCUGGGGACAGUGGCGAGGGUGUUGAGAGACGCGGGGGAAGGAGCGGUGUUUCCCAUGACCGACCUGCUGCUCGCUCUCUGCAGGCGGAACGCAGGCAAGGAUAGGGGAGCGGUGGUGGCGUUCCUGGUGGGGCAGCUGAAAGACUCUCACGGGCAGCUGAAAGAAUCCCAGAGCGGCAUCGGGAGCGGGAAGGGUGAGAGCACAGCAGGGAGGCCAGAGAAAGAGGAGGAAAAGGCUGGUGUGCGGUGCGUGCAGCCCUUGCAGUCCGCCUUGGCUCACUGCCUGGCCGUGCUCCUCUCAGAGGACCUUCCCAGUGCAGACCUAGCGUCCAAGGAGGGCCUCCCUGCCGUCGCCCUCGACAUGCUCUCGGCAUACGUCUCCUCCGUCUGCCCCGACUACCACCCCCCGGCGCUGCCCCUCGCUGUGCUCGCCUCGCCUCCCAGCAAGAGCAGGCCGCAGCAUGGCAGUGGGGGGUUGUCAGGUCAGCGGGCAGAGGCAGGGGCAGCAGGGGGCGAGGGGCUGGGAGAGGUGCCCAAGUGGGUGCCGUCGCUGUUCCUUGUGCUCGACUCGCUUGUUCAAUGGAAGGUGCCGGGGACUGCUGCCCGGGAUGUGGCAGGCGCAGCAGCAGCAGCAGGCAGAGGAGGAGGAGGCGGAGGGGCAGCAGCAGCAGCAGCAGGUGCUCCUGUGUCUUUUGCGUCUGUCCUGGCAGCUGGGGCAGCAGAGGAAGCUACUCCUGCUGCUGCUGGUACACCCGAGGCUCCAUUUGGGGCAGGCGUAUCUGCCGCCCGUGCAGGCAGCAAGGGCAAAGCCGCAGCGGAGUCAGGCGGGGAGGACGUGGAGGACCGGUUCACGGAGAUCGCGGGCCUUUCCACCGGGUACCUCACCGACGACGAGAAAGCCCGCGCCAUGGCCCUCGUCUGCCCCCUCCUGCGCCGCACUCCCCCGCCAUCCCUUUGCCAGGCCCUGCUCCACCUCGCAUCCCGCCUCUCCCGGUCCCACCCCGUUGCCCUCCUCUUUCUAGACCAGGGUGGGGUGGCGUCGCUCCUCGCGCUCCCGUUCUCCUCGCUCUUCCAGGGGUUUGAGAGCCUGGUGUCUGCGGUGGUGCGCCACGUGCUAGAGGACCCUUUCACGCUGCUACAUGCAAUGGAGGCAGAGAUCAGGCAUAGCCUCACCACGCUGUCGGGGCAGCAGGGCGGGCGGGUGUCCCCGCGCAUGUUUCUGAGCUCCAUGAGCGCGCUGAUUUCCCGGGAUCCGGCCGCUUUUCUGCAGGCCGUUGGGAAUGUGUGUGAGGUGGAGACCGUUGGGGGGCGGCAGGUGGUUGUUUUGAAAAAGGAGAAGGAGAAGGAGAAGGAGAGGGAGAGGAAGGAGAGGGAGGAGAAGGAGAAGGGGAAGGAACGAGAGAAAGGGAAGGAGAAGGGGACGGGGGAGAGGGGGCAGCGAGCAGAGGCAGCGCCAGAAGCAGCAGCAACGGCAGCAACAGGGCAGCCAAGCACCUCUGAUGUAUCUCGAGCUUCAGGUCAUGCCACUCAUCACCAUUCCUCACCGCUUUCAACCCCUCCGCAAACCUCUCCUCCCCCUCAUCCCCCCUCAGGGCCCUACAGCAAGUCAGCAGACGGUAAGGUGCUGACGUGGGUGUCCAAGUCAGGCAGGGUGCGCAGGGUGCCCUGGAGCUUCGCCUCUGUGGUUGACCAGCUCCUGAACUACCUGCAGCAGUUCCCGCCGCCUGAAAACGCACCUGAAAAGGCACCUGGGGAGGUGUUCGAGGGGCUUGGUGUGGCUGCGAUGGAUGUUGGGAGUGGGGGUGGGGUUGGGGGGGAUGGCGCCAGUGCAGGUGGUCCUGGAGAGGAAGCAAUGGAUGUGGACGCAGAGGGCGCUGAGAAGAAGGCAGGGGAGGAGGACAAGGAGACGGCAAAGCAGCAGGAGUUAGAGAAGGAGAAGGCAGAGCUUGCUAUCUCGCGCACCACGCUGGUGCUGCGGCUGCUGACCGAGAUCCUGCUGGCCUAUUCUGCUGCCAGCACGCUCGUGCUCCGACGAGACGCUGAGACUGCUGCCGCUGCUGCUGCAGGUGCUUCAGCAGCAGCAGUUGGUGCAGGUUCGGGUGCAGGUGCAGCAGCAGCAGGGACUAGCACACCGCAGCAGCACAAAGGAACAGGAUCUCGCGCGCACAAGCACACUCCAGAUAAGCACAGCUCCCACCACCAUUACCAGCAGCAGCAGCACCAGCUGCACCCUUCACCAGGGAAGCCUGACUCUGCAGCAGGCUCAUCAGGAGCAGGCGCAUCGGCAUUGGCAUCCAGAGGGGGUAUCGUGCACCACGUGCUGCAUGAGCUGCUGCCGCACCUCAGUGACAAACCCACCCCCACAGCAGGAAACACUGCCAGUGCGGCAGCAGGGCAAGCUGCCACCCACCCCGGGCACCACCGGCUGGGCACGCAGGCGUCCGCGUUCCUCAUUGCACUCUGCGUGCGGUCCGGGGAGGGCCGGCGCCGCGUGCUGUCUGAGAUCUCCAAGUCGCUGAGCCGCUUCGGCAGGGGUGAGGGGGGGAAGGCAGAGCAGGUGGGGCAGCAGCAGGAGAAGGCUGGAGUAGCCUCAGCUGGAGCAGCGGCGGCAGCAGGCGUGGUAGGGGGGGCUGGAGGGGAAGGUGGGGCCGCAGGAGCUUCUGGAGUUAAAGCAGCAGUUGCUGCUGCGAAGCUCCAAGUGCCCAACAAGCAGGUGAGGUCGUUCCUUGACCUCAUGAACGCCCUGCUCUCCACCCACUCGGCCACUGGGAACAAUCCACCUGGCGGCCCGGGCAGCUCGGCUCAGAGCUCUGCCUUUGCUGCAGAGAUGGCCAAGACGGCCCUUGAAGUGGGCAUGCUGCCAAACCUCUUGGAGACUCUGAGUGUAAUAGACCUAAACCACCCCGAGUCCCCGAAGCUGGUGAAUUCGAUUCUCAGGGCUCUAGAGGUGCUCACCCGAGCCUCAGCUUCGGAAACUCAUGCCGAGCCUGGGAGAGGUCCGGCAGCAGGCCAGCCGCCUUCGGUGGCUGCAUCGCAGGGAACCCGGGCUGGAGGUUCGGGAAGGCAGGAAGGAGGUUCGGCAGGGGCUGGAGGGGUGCCGAGCCAAGCAGCAGCAGAAGGGGGGGCAGCAGGGGCGGAUACAGGUGUGGAUAGGGGCGAAGCACGAGGGGCAGGUGGCACGGAUACUGCCAUGGGGGAUGCUGGUGGGGAGGGAGGGAGAGUAACGGCUGCUGGAGGCAGAGAGGCGGGAACCGACGCCCCGAGCGAAAGGGUGCAAGUGGGGGAUCAAGAGGGGAGGCAGGAGGGGAGCCUGGAUGGAGGGGAGGAGGCGGGAGCAGCAGGGGCAGGAGGGAGAAGGGCGAUGGAGCAGGACGAGAGGCAUGGGGGGGAGGAGGAGGAGGAGGAGGGGGGGAUGGCGCAUGAGGCAGAGGCGAUCAUGAGGAGGAUUAGGUUUCAGAUCAGAGAUUUUGAUAGGAUGGGGGAGGAUGGGGAGGAUGGGGAGGAGGAUGACGAUGGGGAUAUGGAGGGAGAGGAGGACGGGGAGGAGGAUGAGGAUGAGGAUGAGGACGGGGAGGAGGAUGAGGAGGAGGAGGAGGGGAUGGAGGAGGGGAUGGAGGAGGAGGACGAGGAUAUAGAGGAGGAAGAGGAAGACGAGGAGGAUGAUGAGGAGGAGGAGGAGGAGGAGGAGGAGGAGGAGGAGGACGACGACGACGACGAGGAGCAUGGGCAUGGGCUUGGAGGGGAGGACAACGGGCAUCUGCCCCCAGACGUCCUGGUGGAUGACAUGGACGAGCACGAGGCGGCAGCAGCACGCGCCAUGCGGCAUGACUUGGAGCGUGAGUUGGCCGAGGAAGAGGAGGAGGAGGACGAGGAGGGGGAUGAGGAUGACGACAUGGACGAGGACGAGGAGGAGCCAGACGACGAGGACCUAGAGGACUGGGAGGACGGGGCGCGGUUCAUCGAGGUGAGGUGGCGUGACGACGUCACGGGAGCCAACCAUGUGCACUUGCUCACAGGGGGGGCGGAUGUGGCUGGGCUAAUGGACCUGCCAGGGUUUAUGCAGAGGGAUGUGUUGAACGACCCCCUGUAUGCCGACAUGAAUGAGCCGGUGUGGGGGUGGGGCCGGCACCUGGCGAGCCAUCAGCGCAGAGCGGCAGUCAGAAGCACGCUGCAGAGCCAGCAGCAGCUGUUGCAGCAGCAGGGGCAGGGGCAGGGGCAGGGGCAACUAGCGCGGACAGGCGCGGGCCCGCUGCACGUGCACCCUCUCUUGGCCCGCCCAUUCGCCCCUGGUGCGGCACCAGACCCAGCGUCUGCUUCCGCAUCCGCGUCUGCUCAUGCAGCGGCGGCGCCUGGGUCGCACCUGUUAAACCUGCUGGCAGGGAUGCGGGGCAUGGUGGGGGGCGCAGGGGGGCCAGGCGGCGGGAUGGAGCUAGACGCUGCUUUUGCCAGGGAGGUGGCGUCGCUCAUGAUGGCAUAUGAGAACCCGUUUCUAGAGGACAUGCUGCAGGCCAGGGGGCUGCUGGAUCCCAGAGCCAUGGGCGGCAUGGGGGUGGGGCAUCCGUCGGCGGUGGAGUUUGACCCAGGGAGAGCGAGGGCGAUGGGGGUGAGUGGGCUGGGGCCCCUGGUGGGGGGCGCGGCGGGGCGAGGGGAGUUUGGAAGGGCGAAUCGAUGGACGGAUGAUGGGUUACCGCAGCCGGCAGGCACGGGCGCUGCUGUUGCCCAGGCGCUGGAGAGUGCCUUCCUGCGGUCCAUGCAGGGGGGGCGAGACGCAGGGCGAGGGGGCGGGAGAGAGGGAGGAGAAACAGGGGCGCGGGGAGGUGGAAGUGGGGGGCGGAAUGGGGAGAGGCAGCAGGGGAGGGCGGUAGGAGGAGGAGGAGAACAACAGCGACAGGGGGAGAGGCAGGAGCAGCAGCAGAUGGAGCAGCAGGGGGAGCUGGAGAGGGAGCAGGAGAGGGAGGCGAGGCAGGAAGGCAGUGGAGGGGCCACGGGGGCAGGAGGGAGUGGGGGAGGUGCAGGUGCAGCAGAGGGUGGGGCGGGAGGAGCAGCAGGAGAAGCCGCAGCAACUGCAGGAGCAGAAGCAGCAGGAGCAGGAGAAGUAACAGGAGAGCAGGCAGGUGCAGACAGCGUUCAAAUUGGCACUGGGGCAGAAGCACAAGCACAUGUGGAAACAGAAAUAGAAGCAGAAGCCACAGAGGCCGGAGCAGGUCGGGAUGGAGGGGGGGAGGGGGGAGAAGAGGGCCGGGCAGCAGGAGAUGCGCAGAUGGGCGAGAGAGGGAGUGAGAGGGAGGUGGAAGCAGAAGUGGAAGUGGCGAGUCAGGGCAGCGGGGGAAGUGGGUUCACGGCAGGUGAGAGCCUGCGGAGUCUCGAGGUUGAGGUAGGUAGCAUCGACAGCCAUGAUGACAUGCUGCUGCUCGGUGCCACUGCUGGUGCUGCUCCUGCUGCCGCCGCCGCCUCCGCCGCUGCUGCUGCUACAGCUGUGGCUGUUCCUGCAGCUGUAGCGGCUACAGCAGCUGCUCCAACUGUGCCAGGCUUAGAUGGAGAGGUGGCGCCAGCUGCAGCAGCUGGUGCAGAACAGGAGGGCACAGCACCACAAGCACCAGCAGUUGAAGCAGCAGUAACAGCUGAAGGUACGGGAGGAGGUGCAGCAUUAGAUGCAGUGGAGAUGACAGGCAUGGAAGUGGGAGGGGCUCAGGAGGAGCAGGUCACAGCUGGUGAGGGGGUGCCAGCGCCCUCCCCUGCUGCUGCUGCUGGUGAAGAUGCAGCAGCAGCAGCAGCAGCAGCAGCAGCAGCAGCAGCAGGUGGAGCUGCAGCAGUGUCUGAAGGCGAAGGUGAGGAUCCUUCUGCUCCUUCUGCCGGCACGGCCUCCGGUCCUGCUGCCACCGCUGCCUCUGCUCCCACUGCCCCGGCCACCACUGCUGACGCUGCACCUGCCGCUCCUGUCUCAGCCGCAGCUGAUGCUUCAGGUGGAGCUUCAGGUGGGGCUUCAGGUGCGCCAGGUGCUUCGGGUGGUGCUGCAGCAGAGGAAGAGGACUUGCCUGAGAUUGAUCCUACGUUCCUGGAGGCUCUACCAGAGGAUCUGAGGGCGGAGGUGCUGGCGUCCUUCCAGGUGGAGCGGGCUGCCAGGCAGGCCCGGCAGAGACGCGCGCAGCAGCAAGCAGCGCAGUCGCAGGGACAGGCGCAGGGGGGGCAAGGUGCUGCGGGGGGUGCAGGAGCAGGGGGGGCAGCGGGAGCAGGACCAGCAGGAGGCGCAGGGGGGGCAAGCGGAGCAGGGGGAGCGGGGGGGGCAGGGGGAGCAGGGGGGAUGGCAGCAGGGGCGGGGUUGGGAGGGGAGGACGCAGGGGAGUUGGACCCGGAGUUCCUGGCGGCGCUGCCGCCGGACAUCCAGGCGGAGGUGCUGGCGCAGCAGCAGGCGCAGCGCAUGAUGGCCGCUGCUGCUGCUGCAGGAACGGAUGGGCAUCCCGUGGACAUGGACAGCGCGUCCAUCAUCGCCACCUUCCCUGCCGAGCUCAGAGCAGAGGUCCUUCUGACCUCAUCGGAGGCAGUGCUAGCGUCCCUCCCCCCUGCUCUCCUGGCGGAAGCCCAGCUAUUGAGGGAGCGGGCGAUGCAGCAGUACAGUGCGCGGCACCAGCAGCACCACCACCCCACGCACCCGCACCACCACCCCACCAUGUUCGGAGGGCCCAUCCGCCGCUCCCCCGCUGUCGCGGGCGGCACCACCGCCCACCGCCGCCCCCCGCACCCGUUUGCUGUAGCUGGGGGGGAGGGGGGGGUGGGAGAUGGGUUUAGAGGGUUUAAUGGGGUGGGGGUGGGGAGGAGGGAGAGGGAGGGGGCGGGGUCAGGGGCAGGAACAGGGGGAGGGAGAGGGAUUGGGGAAGCGGGGGAGGAGGAGAAGGCGCCUGUGGUGGAUGAGAGGGCGCUCAAGGCGCUCAUUCGCCUGCUGCGCAUCUCCCAGCCCCUGCAGAAGGCUCUUCUUCCUCGCCUGCUGGCCAAUCUGGCAUCGCACCCCGCCACCCGCGCAGCCCUCGUGCGCAUCCUGCUGGACCUCCUGCGACCAGAUUCGGAUCCGACGGACCAGCAACCAACGGGGCAGCAUCCAACGGUCCAGAUUGCUGUGGUCAUGGAGGGUGCUGCUUCUGGCGCCCAACCUGCAGCUGACGGCGCUCCUCCUCACCAGCUCUACUGCUGCCAGUCCAAUGUGGUCUACGCGCGGCCCCAGCGACCCAACAGCAUCCCUCCCCUUGUGUCCCGCCGCGUGCUCGAGCUUCUAGUCUACCUCUCCCGCCAUUCCCUCGCUGCCACGCGCCUGCUGCUGCUCUUCCCUGACGCGCUCACCCCCAUGGCGCAGCAGCAGAGCGAGAGGGAAGAGAGGGAGAAGGAGCAGGAGAAGGAGCGGGAGCAGCGGAAGGGCAAAGCUAAGAUCACUGAAGUAUCAGAAGAGGCAGCAGGAGGGGCGGCAGCAGCGGGGGAUAUGUUAGAGGAGGGAGUUGUUGUGGGCAGGGGAGUGAAGGAUAAGAGAAGAGAAGGCAAGGAAGGGGAGGAGGAGGAGGGGGAGGUGGAGGAAGGGGAGGUGCCGUUUGUGCUGAUGCUGCACUUGUUGAGGCAGCCUCUCUACCUGCGCAGCUCGCCCCACUUGGAACAGCUGCUAGGGCUCAUGGAGGUUGUAGCGCGGGCAGCUGCAGAGGAGGCUCUUUCUGCCGCUGCCACUGCUGCUGACAUGGCUAGGGCCGCCGCUGACACGGCUAGGGCUGCCACUGACACGGCUAGGGCUACUGCUGCCACCACUGCUGCUGCCACUGCUGCCGUUGCUACUGCUGCUGCUAGACUCGAGGGGCAACUAGCAGGAGAAACGCCAGCAGCAAGUGCGCCAGAGGCAGCUGCACCUGCUGCUGCAACAGCAGGUGCAGCAGCAGCAGUAGGGACAGGAUUGACAGGAGGAGCUGACGCGGGUGCUGCCACACCUGCUACCGAGGCAGCAGCUGCGGCUGCAGGCCCUGCCGAGGCAGCGACGGAGGCUCGGAUGGAAAGCGAUUCAGGUCCGGGGACUGCCGAGGCUGAACCCGCAAGCAGAGACGUGGAGAUGGGAGAGGGGGAGAGAGAGGAGGGAGCGGACGGAGGAAGGGAAAGGGAGUGGCAGGCAGGACAGGAGGGGCAGGAGCAGGAGAGACAGGAGGUAGGGGAAGCCCGGGAAGGAGCUCCAGCUGAACAGACUGCAGCAGCAGCAGCAGCAACAGCUGAUGCUGCCGCUGCUUCUGCUGCUCUUCCUGCUGCUGGUGGAACAGAAAUCGCCACUGCACCAUCGACUGACACCAUUUCUGCCCCAUCUUCCGCCCUCGCCGCCCCUCCCACCUCCGCCACUCAACCCCCUCCUCCCCCGGUGCCCUUCCCAGUGGCUAUCUUCCUCCGAAUCCCCUCUCCUGACCUCUGCAUCCUCUCCCAGCUCCUCGCCCACGAGGGCCUCUCGGACGCCUCCUACUCGCGAACUGUUUCCGUGCUGCGCCUUGUCACCUCCGUGGUCCCCAGGUACCGUGAAUUGUUCAUUGCUGACCUGGCAGAGGCGGCGCGCCAGCUCAGCACGCCGGCCACGCGGGAGCUGCUGGAAGUGGUGGAGGGGGCGGAUGGAGGGGAGGGUGAGGGAGGUGAGGAAGAGGAGAAAGCAGCAGCAGCAGCAGCAGCCGAGAGUGGGAGAGAGACUAUGGAGGGGCAGGAAGUAGAAGCAACAGCAGCAGCAGCAGCAGCAGCAACAACCCAAACACCAGCAGCAGCACCAUCAGCACUAGCGGGUGUGGCUGGCAAGCCAUGGGGCUUAACCAGAGCAGGAGCAGCCACUCUCCGCGUGCUCAAGACCCUCACGUCUCUCCUCUCACAGCCAGCCUCCUCCCUCCCUCCCGCCUGGGACCGUGACUCCCCCUCAGCCCCGGCGACAGAGGCGGAGUGCCAGGCAGUGGUUGCCCACCUCGUUGCAUCCCUAUACCCCCUCUGGCAGGUGCUAUCCGAGUGCUGUGCCAAGCUGGAGGCUCGGUACAAGAACCACCCUGCGCUCUCCGCCUCGUCUGCCUCGGCCGGACCUGCAGGUUCGGCGGUGGAUGGCACAGGAGGUGUGGGGGGAGGGGCGGCGGGAGGGGCGGUGCCACCGCUGCCGUCAGCAGCGCAGCAGCUGCUGCCGUUUGUGGAGUCGUUCUUUGUGCUUUGUGAUAAAACCAGUGGCAAGGGGAAGGGGGUGGCUUCUGCUGGGGGGCCUGCUGCUGCUGAUGCUGGUGCUGCUGCUGCUGCUGCUGCUGCUGCUGGCACCAGUGCAGUGUCAGCAGCAGCACUAGCAACACCAGUACCAGCAGCAGAGACUGCUGCCCAACCAAGCUCAAGCCAAUCCGUCACUCCAUCCGUGUCAGUCGAACCCCUCCCCACUGCUGCCACCACCACAGCCACCAUCACAACACCAGCACCAGCAGCAGGCAUCCCCUCCUCCUCCUCCACCCCAUCCUCCUCCUCCCCUUCCUCCGCUCUCCUGCGCUUCACGGAGCGCCACCGCCGCCUGCUCAACGCUUUUGUGCGCGGCAACCCUGGCUUGCUAGAGCGCUCCUUUGCCCUGCUGCUCAAGUCGCCGUGGCUGCUGGACUUUGACAACAAGCGUGCCUACUUCCGGUCCAGGAUGCGGCACCUGCAUGAGCAACCGCACUACGGCACGCUCAGGAUCACAGUCAGACGGCCGUAUAUACUGGAAGACUCGUACAACCAGCUGCGCAUGCGCACAGCAGAGGAGCUAAGGGGCCGCCUGAACGUGCACUUCCAGGGCGAGGAGGGCAUCGAUGCAGGCGGUCUCACGAGGGAGUGGUAUCAGCAGCUGUCGCGCGUGGUGUUUGACAAGGGCGCGCUGCUCUUCACCACUGUGGGCAACGACACGUCCUUCCAGCCCAAUCCCAACUCCGUGCUGCAGCCGGGGCACCUCUCCUACUUCAAGUUUGUUGGCCGCGUGGUGGCCAAGGCCCUGUACGAUGGUCAACUGCUAGACGUGCAUUUCACGCGCUCCUUCUACAAGCACAUCUUGGGCGUGAAGGUCACUUUCCACGACAUAGAGGCCAUCGACCCCGACUACUACAAGAACCUGCAGUGGAUGCUCGAGAACGACAUCUCUGAUAUCCUGGACCUCACGUUCAGCAUGGACGCGGAUGAGGAGAAGCGCAUUCUGUACGAGCGCACUGAGGUGACAGACCAUGAGCUCAUCCCAGGAGGCCGCAACAUCCGGGUGACGGAGGAGAACAAGCACGAGUAUGUGGACGCCGUGGCCGAUUACCGCAUGACAGCCGCCAUCCGGCCGCAGAUAGCCGCCUUCAUGGAGGGGUUCAACGAGCUCAUUCCCAAGGACCUGGUCGCCAUGUUCAACGACAAGGAGCUGGAGCUGCUGAUAUCCGGCCUGCCUGAGAUCGACAUCGACGACCUGCGCAGCAACACGGACUACACGGGGUACACGGCGGGGUCCCCCCAGGUGCAGUGGUUCUGGGACGUGGUGGCGCACCUCUCCAAGGAGGACCGAGCAAGGCUGCUGCAGUUUGUAACGGGCACAUCUAAGGUUCCUUUGGAGGGCUUUAAGGCGCUGCAGGGCCUGUCCGGGCAGCAGCGGUUCCAGAUCCACAAGGCGUAUGGCGACAACAAGAGGCUGCCCUCUGCCCACACAUGCUUCAACCAAUUGGAUUUACCUGAGUACGGGUCCAAGGAACAGCUGCGGGAUCGGCUUCUCUUGGCCAUUCACGAAGCCAGUGAGGGCUUCGGCUUCGGUUGAUGUAGCCCCCGGUGGAUGGAUUUGUUGAAGUCGUCUCACCACUGUACGCCAUUGUGCGCGUAUGGAUGUACAUUGCAAUGAUAGCAUUGGUGACACUGCUUGCAUGGUAGUGCUGAGUACUUUCAUGAUAAAUUGUUUUGUGAUUCUUGCAGCUGAUUGUAAGUAUUUUUCCGUAGUUUUGUGAGAUCAUGCAGAUUGAACGGUGA